AUGCCGCAGGUCCUAUUGUCUGGCUCGGACCCGAAAGCGACGGGGAUAUCUAUCGCACUCAUUGUGCUUGAUUUACUUGUGGUUGCUGCGCUUCUGGGAUGUUCGGCUUUUUUGGUGAUGCGUCGACAGAAAGGGGCUGAUUGGAAGAUACUUCCAAUAUGGGCUAUUAUGACUGCCAUUUGGGCCUGGGCAUGGUCUUACAUUUGGUAUGUUGUGCAGAGCAUUACCGAACGCUUGAAUGCGCCAUAUGGGGAAAUUGGAAUAAAUCUUAUCUAUGCCCUUCUGUGUCUACUUUUUGGACACGCCGCGAUCUGCUUCCUUUUUUGCACAUUUUAUCGACUCGUCCAUAUCCUUCUCAGGGCUUCCAACGAGGGAGCGAAGCUGCCUGUUAAAAUCAAUGUUGUUCAUUGGACAAUCCUUGCCCUCAUUGUUGUCCUGAGCAUUGCCGAUUUUGCGCUAUGGGUCGUCGAGGAUUUUUCAUUCUUGGUACUAGACGGCGACUACCGGCCAGUGCAGGUCACGCGGAGUGCGCUCAUUUGGUUGGCUUCGUGGGAAAUUACAGCUUGGGCUGCAUUCCUUGCGAUCAAGACAAAACGAACAUCAUCAUUUAAAGGACCUUCCAUUGCUUUGCUUUCUGGUAGUAUUGCCUAUUCCGCAAUGACCUUUAUGUGGCUAGUCGAUUAUCUUCGUUGGUAUCAGACUGUGGUAACCUACACCUUUACAGAGGAGAUCAACUCGCUUGCAGCCAAGUCGUUCUUGGAGGUAUUCUUCUGCCUUGGACUAUAUGGUGGAAUCAUGGUGUUUUGUGCGCUCUCUCAUCAGUUGGAAAAGAAAGACGAUGCAGGUAUCGUUCUACAGCAGACAUUGGCGCAAGAAGAUACCGCCCGGCCAUAG